AUGUCUCUCCCCAAAGGCGUCUACCGCGCCGACCAAGUCGGCUCUCUCCUGCGGCCCAAGGAGAUCCUCGCCGCGCGGCAAAAGGUGGCCGAGCACUCGCUCCAGCCGGAGCAACUCAAGGAGCUGGAGGACAAGUACAUCGCCGACGUCGUGAAGAAGCAGAUAGACUCCGGUAUGCGCGCCGUCACUGAUGGCGAGUUUCGCCGUGCCUGGUUUCACAUCGACUUCUUGCAGAGCCUGGGCGGCAUCGAGAAGCGCGGCGCCCUGCAGAGCACCAAUGUCUCCCAGGGCGGCACCAUGCCGCCGCGUCUGGUGGUCGUGGACAAAAUCACGCACCCGAAGCCGAUUCAAGUGUCCGACUUCGAGUUCCUCGAGUCCCAAAUCGCCACUUCGGGCGCCCGGGCUACCGUCACGACCAAAGUGGCUAUUCCCUCGCCCACCAUGAUCCACUUCCGCGGCGGCCGGGACACCAUCGACGAGACGGCCUACCCGACGCUAGAGCCUUUCUUCGAGGACUUGGCCUGCGUCUUCCAGGAGGAGCUCGACGACCUGUACAAGGCAGGCACCCGCUUCGUCCAGCUGGACGAUACUAACCUGGCCUACCUGUGCGACCCUCAAAUGCGCGCCGAGGCCGAGAAGCGCCAUGGCGACGCCAACCAGCUCGCCCGCCAGUACGCAGCCCUCAUCAACGCCGCCAUUUCAAAACGGCCCAAGGACAUGGCCAUCGGAAUCCACCUCUGCCGGGGCAACCACCGUUCCAACUGGUUUGCCCAGGGCGGAUACGAACCCGUUUCUGAGGUACUGUUCAAGGACCUAGAUGUCGACGUCUACUUUCUCGAGUACGACGACGCGCGAUCGGGUGAUUUCUCGCCCCUGCGCCAUCUGCCCGAGAACAAGAUCGUCGUUUUGGGAGUUAUGAGCUCCAAGAAGGCCGAGCUGGAUGAUAAGGCGGAUAUCAUCAAGCGGUUGAAGGAGGCGGCGGGGUUUUGUCCCCGCGGGUUGAAGCAGUUGUGUUUGAGUCACCAGUGUGGGUUUAGCUCGACUAUGGAGGGAAAUGAGUUGACGGAGGAACAACAGUGGGCUAAGAUUCGCUUGGAGGUUGAGAUUGCGAAGGAGGUUUGGGGGGAUGAUUUGUCGGUGUAG